UUUAAACGUCAUAACCACAAAUCAAUUUUCCACAUCCACAUGAAAACUGUCUGCUGCGGCCACGUCUCUUAUUUAUAGUUGUUGAAUUUGGUCACUGGUAAAAAUGCCUGCUCCAUCCAGUGCAACAUCUGUAGGCGCUGGUAGUAGAUCCCCUAAAUCAAUGGCUCCUAGAGCUGGUUCGGGAUCAACUGUAAAACAAAGGAAAACUGGAAGUACAACUGCAAGUGCCAGAACCAGAACCACAGGAGCUAACAGUGGUGGAAUGUGGAGAUUCUAUACUGAUGAUUCACCCGGAAUUAAAGUAGGACCUGUUCCAGUGUUGGUUAUGAGCUUGCUCUUUAUUGCAUCAGUUUUCAUGCUUCACAUAUGGGGAAAAUACACAAGAGCAUAAGCAUUACAUUAAAUUAAACCAGAUACUCUCAUAAUUGUCAUUCCAACUGUUUUCCAAUAAAAUAUUUUAUCACACUUCCAAAUUUUUUCAUGUAAAUUAAAUUUUUUGAACUUUAUUAUUAUUUUCAUGUUAAACUUUCUACAAUAUAUUCACAAAUUGCAUUUAUGUCCAAGUUAUUACUCACUGUAAUUUUAUCAACGAAAAAAUUUUGUUUUUGAUACUGAAUAAAAUGUUUUCUCCUA